AUGUCAGGCUCUAAACUGACUGUCGGGGCCAAGGGGGAUAGUUCCAGGAGGUCAUCUGCUCAAUGGUCAGCUGGAAUCAGAAGGUUCUUCAUCAUUAAGGAAAGUUUCCUGCUCUACUAUGCUGAGAGUGAGAAGAAGAGUUUUGAAAGUAAUAAAUACUUCAAUAUCCACCCCAAGGGUGUCAUACCCCUGGGAGGCUGCAUCGUGGAGCCCAAAGAAGAGCCCAGCAUGCCUUAUGCCAUAAAGAUCUCUCAUGAAGACUUCCAUGGUAACAUUGUUCUAGCAGCCGAAUCAGAGUUUGAGCAGGCUCAGUGGCUGGAGAUGCUACAGGAGUCUGGAAAAGUGACCUGGAAAAAUGCCCAGCUGGGAGAAGCCAUGAUCGAGAGCCUGGAAGCCCAAGGACUGCAGCUGGCCAAGGAAAAACAGGAGUAUUUAGAUAAGCUAAUGGAAGAAACAGAAGAGCUGUGUCUACAGAGGGAGCAAAAGGAGGAACUUGAGCGUCUGAACCAGGUCCUGGAAGCAGAGAAGCAUCAGUUUGAAGAGGUGGUACGGGAGCUGCGGCUGGAGCAGGAACAGAUCAGACAGGAGCUAGAGCUCACAGCCCACUCCCUUAAAGGAGUGGAGGAAGAAAAGAAAGAGUUGCGAAGCCUGAGACAGUCCUUACAGAAGACCCUAGAGGAGCUUUCACUGGAAAAGCAGCAAAUGCUGGAGAUGCUGGAAGAAAAUGAGAGCCAGCUCCCACCUCCAACCAGCCCCAGCAAGGAGCUAAGCCCCAUCUGGGGACUACACUGCAGCCUACAACAGAUUGAAGAAAAGAUGCAGCAACUUCUGGAGGAGAAACUCCUGGCAGAGAAGAGGAUGAAGGAGAAUGAGGAGCGGUCCCGAGCACUGGAGGAGGAGCGGGAGUUUUACUCGUCCCAGUCUCAAGCACUGCAGAACUCACUCUCGGAGUUGACUGCGGAGAAGCAGCAGGCAGAGAGAGACCUCAAGGCUGAGGUGAAGGUGCGCAUGGACCUGGAGAAGAGACUGAGAGAAGCUGAGGAAGCAUUGCAGAGCUUGGAGCAAGGCUUAAAUUCUCUGGAUUGCAACAAGGAGAAAGAGGAGAAGAUGAAAGCAGACGUCAGUAACUUGAGAAAGUUCUUUGAAGAAUGCAUCCGCAAUGCUGAGCUGGAGGCCAAGAUGCCCAUGAUCAUGAAGAACUCUGUGUACAUCCACAAGGCUGCCACUCGUCGCAUAAAGAGCUGCCGCUUCCACCGCCGGAGAUCCAGUGCUUCGUGGAAUGACUUGAAGCAGUCCCAGUCCUUCAUCUUCUCAUGCACAGAAGCUGAAAACAUUGAGGAACUGAAAGAAGCAGCCAAAAGACUGAGCCGGGACCAGCACUUCAGGGAAACUCUCUAUCAAAUCAUGAGGAAACAGCUCACUGCAUGCCCCCUCAUCAGCACUUUGGUGGGGCAUGUUUCCUGGCACAUUUCCUGA